UCACUAUGCUGUCACAAAGGUACACGCUUUCCAUGUUGCUGUAAGGUUACAGGUCACUUGAGCGAAAUCCGAUAGGAUCAAGUGUCUGAGUUUGUUCAUUAAUCAUCCAAACUGCUGCAAACACGUGGCCCAACACCCUUUACGGUCACCUACCUGUCUGCUGAUUUCCACAAGAAAAGUUUGCGCUUAAGGUAAAUGUUGAAAAAGAACAGGCUAUAUUUGCUCGCCACCAACAACUUCAUAAAUAUUUACACUAUUAAAAAAUUCUACAAAACAAAAAAGGCACAAUGUACUCUAUCAAUAUGAAAGUCACACUUGAUAUUUCGCUGCAUAGCAAAGUUCAAGUUUGGCGAACUCUGACCUGCGAAUUCACCUCCCGUGAGUGCGUGAGACCAAUAGGAGAUCAAAACGUAACAGCGUAACCUCUCGGUACAGAAUGUAAAAGAUAGAGGAAUCGGUCCCGCCCAUUUCGGCCGCACCGCCCAAACUAUUUUCGCAUGUGAACUCUGACCGCGACAUACUACAUUCUUCUAUUUCAGGUGACCUGCAGGGCUGUUCAAAUCCACAUCUGGGCCCAAAUCCUGCAGAGCGUAUUUCCAACUAGGCUGUCUCUCGUUUUGAAGUAAUCCUGCAGAGACCAGCUUGUGUUUUUGGUAAGGAUUGAAGUAACAUUUCCCAAUUUUCUAUAGCGGCGCUUUUACACGUGUGUAUACAAGUGUAUAUGCUUGUUUGCGUCAGGUGUCGAUGCACGGCGCAGAUGCACGGGACGUGGUCCUCAUCUGUCUGGGGGAGGCAGAAUCUUUUCCCUCAGUCAACUGGAGACGGGAGGAGAGGAUGUGUUUGUGGUGGGGGGGAUGGGGGGGGCGUGCUCCAAUCACCCACCAGCCAUUGCUGGAUAUUUAUUUGUCAGCACAUCUAUCCAUACAAGCAAUGAACCAAUAGCUGAGGAGGAAGCGGCCUUUCUGUCACAGAGACAGUUGGCACAGCAGCAACAUAUUACAGCAUUACACAACCCCCUCCCGGUCCCUUGGUCAUUCGGUCCCUCCUUUGCCUCUUUCUGUUUUCUCUCUCUCUCUCUGGUUUUCCUGCGAGCUCUUUAAGCCAUCAAUGAAAUCGCAACGAAACCCGCUGUUGACCGACCAGAGGAGCGUGAACAGCAGAACAUCUGUUUACACGGUCUUAUCAGAUAACCCUUCACGUUCUCCAUUCACGUCUGAUUUUCUUUGCUUUAUUGCGGCCAAUCUGCCUUUCCCCUUUAGCGUGUUUAUCUUUUCUGCUCUCUCUUUUUUCUUCUGGAUCGAAGCCUAGCUGUUUUCCCCUCUCUUCUUCUGUACCCACUGGCUCCUCCCUCCGUAGCUCUCAUGCUCCCUCACUCACGGACGGACACACUUGAGCACAAGCGCACAUACAUACGCACACACACACGCCCUCCUCCCCCAUCGCUGCAGUGUCUCUUAACUGCCUCGGAGCUACAAGAGGGGAAAUAGCACACCGACCAUUAUAAGAGCAGGCGAGAGCAAUACAAACCUAAGGGUGCGUGUGAAUGGGUGCAUGUGGAGAUCCGGCCAGAUCCGAGGAUGUCGGUGGUACAGGACUAAGGGGAAGGAUUGCGCGCUCCCUCUUUGCCAUUCAGGCGAAUGUUUGUCUGCAGUGGCGCUGGUGAAUGGACGCCAAACGGUGACACGGAACGUGGGCCUUUCGCUGCCUCGCUGGCUUACAUAAGCUGAAGGAUCCUAGUACACAGAUAACCCGAACAGUCCCUGAGAAAAAAGGCCUGACAUUCCACUGGAGAGAAAGUGAAUGAAGAAAACCAAAGAAGGGAGGUGUUAUCAACAGAUGAAUCAGUCACAAACAAACAGAGAAGCACACAGGACACCAUGAGGGAAGAGAGUGAAGGAAUUUUACGGGUUCGACUUUCUCUCCCUGUACACUGACAAGUCCAUUAAAAAUCCACGUGUAUGCUGAUAUGAACCCCAAGUCCUUGGAAUCUUAAAGGCAACUUAAAGGCCCUUAAGCAAGGGCUUGAAUGGGUCUUUAAGUCAUGUCAUGGUAGCAUUGCACUUCAAGAUAUCAGCCACUUAAAAUAUCCCAAACAAUAGACUCGGACAUUGCAAGUAGUCUAAAUCAAAUCUCAUUUUCUAACUACUCGUGCAACAGAAGCUUUCUCUUUGUCAACAUAACCUUACAUAAUUAUUUUUAACCAUCCACAUUCCCUCUUCCCGUGAUAACCGCGACGCAGUCAACAAUGGGUUGCCGACAAAGUUCGGAGGAGAAGGAAGCCGCCAGGCGCUCGCGGCGCAUUGAUCGGCACCUUCGUUCAGAAAGCCAACGGCAACGACGCGAGAUCAAGCUCCUGCUUCUCGGCACCAGCAACUCCGGCAAGAGCACUAUCGUGAAGCAGAUGAAGAUCAUUCACAGUGGAGGCUUCAACCUGGAGGCCUGUAAAGAGUACAAGCCCCUCAUCCUCUACAACGCCAUUGACUCGCUCACCCGCAUCAUCCGAGCACUUACUACCUUGAAGAUCGACUUCCACAACCCCGACCGGGCGUACGAUGCCGUGCAGCUUUUCGCCCUCACUGGACCUGCCGAGAGCAAGGGCGAGAUCACGCUGGAGCUCCAGGGGGUGAUGAAGCGUCUGUGGUCCGACCCAGGGGUACAGGAGUGCUUCUGUCGCUCCAACGAGUAUCACCUAGAGGACAACACGGCGUAUUAUCUAAACGACCUGGACCGCAUUUCCGCAGCAGAGUUCAUCCCAACCGUUGAGGACAUUCUGCGGUCACGUGACAUGACCACCGGCAUUGUCGAGAACAAAUUCACCUUUAAAGAGCUCACCUUUAAAAUGGUGGACGUGGGUGGUCAGCGUUCAGAGAGGAAGAAAUGGAUCCACUGUUUUGAAGGUGUGACUGCCAUUAUAUUCUGUGUGGAGCUCAGUGGCUAUGACCUCAAGCUUUAUGAAGACAACCAGACGAGUCGUAUGGCGGAGAGCUUGCGUUUGUUCGACUCCAUCUGCAACAACAACUGGUUCACCAACACCUCGCUCAUCCUCUUCCUCAACAAGAAGGACCUGUUGGCCGAGAAGAUCAAGCGCAUCCCGUUGACGGUCUGCUUCGCCGACUACAAGGGUCAAAACACCUACGAGGAAGCGGCCGUCUACGUGCAGCGGCAGUUCGAGGACCUGAACCGCAACAAGGAGACCAAGGAGAUCUACUCGCACUUCACUUGCGCCACCGACACCAGCAACAUCCAGUUCGUUUUCGAUGCCGUGACGGACGUAAUCAUUCAAAACAAUCUCAAGUACAUCGGGUUGUGCUAGGACGAGAGGGCGGGGGCGAGGGGCAGCAGGCGCGGGAUACACCCUCAAGGUCGGUCUGACGAUCCGUCCGGGGUCACUCAUGAACGCUUAUCAAAACAGGAAACUCGGACGAGGCCCGGAGGAAAGGGCUACGUACUGCCGUCCUGAAAGAUUUAUCAUUGUCAAUAACUUAAAGGUCAAGGAAGAUUUUACAAGAUUGGUAUAAAUGUGUUUGCACUGAACAUGCGUAUGUAGACACACACACACACAUUAUGUUUGUUCACACACAUCAGACUUCACAACGGGAUCAGCUGUCAAGCAACCGUUUGACAUGGAAACACUGGAUACAGAUCUCCCUGCUCCUCUCAUCCCUGGGAAAUGACGGGAAACUUUGUACCAUCGAUUUAAAGAAACAGCGCACCCAAAAAUAAAAAUGACUCUGCCAUUGUUUAGUCGCCCUCUUUCUGUUCCUACUUGUUUGAUUUCAUUUCUUCUGCUAAACAUAAAAUGAGAUGUCAGACAGGAUUUUCACUCAGGGUUUUGCCUUACAAUGGGAGUGAAUGGUGACCAGGGACUGGCACAAAAAAUGACUUGUGUGCUAUAUUCCUUAUUUCAGUCUUUAAAAACUGUAUGUGAUCAUCAUCUUUAAAUAUAUACCAACAUGAAAAAUGAGCAGAUUGACGAAAAAAGUAUGAGAUACUUUUAUACAUUUCUUUCCAUUUUUGGUGGUCCACAGCCCCUGGUCACCAUUCACUGUCUUUGUACGUGAAGCAGCAGUGUGACAUUUCUGUAAAGCUUUUUCCUUUGCGUUCCGCAGAAGAAAAGAAAUCAUGCACGUCUGGAAACCAAAAAGCAAAGUUAAUGAUAAACUUUUUUAUGGGUGUUGAAGGAGGGAAUAAGAACUACUCCUUUCAAUUUUAUCUUUGUUUAUAGGGUCUUUGAUUUGCCUGAUUGAAGUUAUGCUGCUUUUGGAGACAAUAUAAAGAGUUUAUAUAAAAUAUGCGUAUGUGAGAGGGUUAAAAGUAUACUUAUUAAAAACUGAUGUCAUUUCAUUCUGCUCCAAUAGUGAAAACUGCCACUUUCUGAAUCUGGAGUAAAUGGCUUUUUAAACACAUUAACACUGUAUUUUAUUUUUGGCUGUCUGACCCACAGGAAGCAAUCUAUUUUCUUGUUUCUUUUUUGUUUUGUUCGUCUAAAUGAGGAUGUAAUCCAGAAUUUUUUGAACAAGCAUCACUUCUGUCUUGGAGUGUUACACUGAAGUGAGUGUUUCAAAAUGAUCAUUCCAGAUUUAAAGAAAAACAAACUGUGCCAAUAUAAGUGUAAAUAAACAAAAAAGGCCCGUUCAUCAUGUUAAUUUUUCGUUUUUUUUACGGGCAAAAAAGCAUAUCUAUAUAUCGAAACAAAAUGUGCAUGAUUUUGUUACUUUGGGAUUUUGAUAAAUUAUAGUUUAAUUUACUUUCUUACAAUUUUGGUUUAAUUAACACGCUCCAAAAAUAUAUAAGAAGUCAAACACUGUGCACGACUGUACAGUUUGCAGAACAAGUCAUAUACAUCCAUCGCAACCUGACAUAACAUAUUCAACAUGGGUUUACUCUUCAAAUUUUGUCUGCUAAUAAAGAGCAGAAACAUUGUAUUCUGGUGUCAUUUUGAGUGGACAUGGUCCAAGGUAUGUGUAAAUACAAUGUAAGGUACAUUUUGUGAAACAAUGAAAAAAAUGAAUCACCUUUGCAGGGCUGAUUGACAGAUUUACUGUAAGAGCUCCGCUCUUCUCCAAUCCUUCUUCUGUUCAGCUAUGAUGUACAUGAAACCCAAGGAAGGGCUGCAGGAUUGAUUUUACAGGAUGUCCACCAAAAAAGAAACAAAUUAACUACAAAAGAACAAUAAUAGUGAAUAAAAGGAAUUAUGCAAAUGA